GUUGUCUUCUCUCAUCACACAAUGACUGAACAGAAACCAGUUACGUUGUAGCUGGCCAGUUGCUGCCGUCUCCUUUUGGCUGGACUUGCCGCGGAUUAUUUCUUCCUAACUCGCAGACGCAAGCGCAGGGAUGAACGCGUCGCGGAGGAGGGUGAAGGUGCUGGGCCUGAUGAUGAUGGUCAACCUCUUCAUCUACGUGGUGGUGGAGGUGUCCCGCAGCGGGGGGCGGGACCAGAGCGAGUCCAAGGUGCGCGUCCCCAGCAAGCGCUUCUGGAGGCAGGGCGCCAACAGCGAGGCGUACUGGAACCAGCAACAGCAGCGGCUCGACCGCGCCCACAACCCCAUCCUGGUGGCGGAGAACGGGACCGGCGUGGCCUUUCCCGACUGGCUCAACGCCACCGAGGACCUCGGGUCCUGUGAGCCCAACAUGGCCGUCACCCGGCUGGUGAAGGACUACAACUCCCUACCUGCCCGCUUCAAAGACUUCCUGCUCUACAUGAGUUGCAGGUCCUACCCGCUGCUGGUGGACCAGCCGCACAUAUGCCAGGACCCGCCUUUCCUGCUGCUGGCGGUCAAGUCCCUGGCCCCCCACUUUGACCGGAGGCAGGCCAUCCGCGAGUCGUGGGGCCAGGCCGGGCUGGUGGCCAAUCGGACGGUCGUCACGGUGUUCCUGCUCGGCAACACCACGGGGGUGGACCACCACCCCGACCUGUCGGAGAUGCUCCGGUACGAGACCUCCUUGCACCGGGACAUCCUCCAGUGGGACUACAGGGACUCCUUCUUCAACCUGACCGUGAAGGAUGUGCUCUUCCUGGACUGGAUGCAGCUCCGGUGCCCCAACGCCAGCUUCGUCUUCAAGGGCGACGACGACGUCUUCGUCAACACCCACCGCAUCCUGGACUUCCUGGGCGGCCUGGCCCCGGCCAAGGCCAAGGACCUGUUCGUGGGGGACGUGAUCACCAAAGCCGGGCCUCACCGCGACAAGAAGCUGAAGUACUUCAUCCCGGAGAGCAUGUUCGUGGGGCAGUACCCGCCCUACGCGGGCGGAGGGGGCUUCCUCUACUCGGGGGACCUGGCUCUACGCCUGCGCAACGCCACCCGCCAGGUGGCCCUGUACCCCAUCGACGACGUCUACACGGGCAUGUGCCUGAGGACACUGGGCCUGGCCCCGGAGAAGCACAAGGGCUUCAGGACCUUCGACAUCGAGGAGAAGUACAGGAACAACCCCUGCGCCUACAAGGGCCUGGUGCUGGUCCACAGCAGGACUCCUCAGGAGAUGAUCAAAAUCUGGGGCUGGCUCAAGGACCCCAAGCUCAACUGCCAGUAGGCAGCUGCCGCGUUUGUUACGAGACGGAGACCAGAGCUACAGACGGCUGGAUUCAGGAACGCUGUUACUCGAUGGUGACUUAAGAUGUCGGCAGCUGGAUUAUUGUUGGUUUUUGUUCUGUUAUUGUGCUGCCUUUUGUCCCCUUAUCUCUCAAAGGCCGAAGUACUGGGUGAGUUGACUGGACCUUUUUACGGCAAGCGUAUUGAUUCAAAGUGUCAAGAGCGCCCCGACUUCACCCCAAUUCCUCAGUAACGCAAACCGUUUUUAAAAAUGUAGAUUUUAAUAUUUCAUUUUGGCUUUCAUGUUAUUUAUGUAUCUGUUCACUUUAAUGUUAUUCUCUCAUUUCAUACCACCUUUUGAGAUGUGCUAUUGAUUGUUGCCAUGUUACAGAGAGAUUGGCUCGGUAAAAUGUACUUUGCUGGAUCUUGAGAAGCAAUCCCUUAAGUACCGAUUUGGCAGUUCUGGGAAAGCACCCAACGCACAGUGUUAGAUUUGCACCAAGCCGAGAAGCUUCUAGACAAUGAUGGCUAUCCUUCGGCUCUAGUGGUGAUUACUUGGUGCUUCUUGUUUUGUGUUCUAUGAUGCUACAACCUUUAUGACCGACACGAACUGGGGACAAAGAAAGGUGAAAAUGAAGUUUGCAGUAUGGCCGUUGGAAUUAAAAUGGGAUUUCUGGAAACACUCUGCCUGAUAUAACACAUUCUGGAUCUUUCCGUGUUGUGUUGGUAUAAACCAAUGCAAUGCCCCUAAAGCUGCUACUGAAGAAUAUGUCGGUCAAAAAGGUCCAAAAAGGUCAAUGUCGUCAGGAAUUUGACUGCAGUGCCUUUUUCCAUUUCAGUAUUUAAUGGGCCCCCAGUUGCACAUGAAGGCACUGCUGAGUUUAAAGUAGCGUUUAUAUACGGACGGCUGUUCGGUGGAACUCGCAGGAUUUCAGUGAUAUUACGAAUGUGUACGUCAGCACAAAUCCAGAAAUAUUUCGGGGCAGUUGACAGUAACCAUUUUUAAUCUGCUUUUAAAAUGUUUUCAUAAGAUUUUCUUGAUACCUGAAUUUUUUUACUGCCCCAGAUUAUUUCUGGAAUUGUGCUGAUGUACACAUUCGUAAUAUCACUGCUAAAACCUGUUAAGUUUCCCUAACAGGGCUUUUUUGACUAUUGCUCUGGAUGGAUGUUUUGUUUACCUGAUAUCCUUCACAAUUACCUGUUUUUUUUGUCUCUUGGAGAAAUGCAGUGUCUGUGCAUGACCUUUCACUGUAGAUCUUGAUCAGUAUUUUGGUCUCUUGACAAGCCCUGUCUCUGUCUCACAAGGUUAUUUUGUCUUAGUAGUAGGUUUGGAAAUCACUUUUCACACGUGUGACUGAAUACCACCUGCUGGACGGGUGCAGUACAACACCUUAAUAGUUUAGUUUUUUUAGUUUAUUUAUUUUUUUGUUUGUUUUCUUUUUUCAGGGGUGCAAUGAUUGUUCUGUACACUGGAGCUGUCAAUCAGCAUGUGGCCCUCAGACUCCGUUCUCUGUCGGACCGCCCUGUUCCUGCUGAGUAGAACCGAACAGGUCUCAGACAUAUAUAAUGUAUAAACAUAUGUAUAAACCUGCCAGCUUAAAACCAAAAAAAAAAGGCUGUAAUGGUUUUGUCUGCGUAGGGUAAAUGUUUACAUGUUGUAAGAAAUAUUUAAGCUGUACUAAGCGUGUGCAUGUGCAUAUGUAACUGAAAUGUAGUCCAGGCAGUCAUGCUGUUUGUGAAGUAAAAUGAGAACUGCUGACUUAAGUUUCCUGUCUGUACUAAAAUUCCAGGAAACGUACAGCCAUACAUCCCGUCUUCUGACUACCUAGAGGUCGGAAAUGUUUCAAUAGGAUUUACUUUGAAUGGUACCAGAAUUUCAGGCUUUUAAUAUGACAUUAGUCUUUGAAUUGAAAACUAGUAACUUUAAGAAAUGGUCAGCCCACAUUUUCCUCUGGGGGAAAUUAAUUGUGACGUUAAUGUAAAACGUCAAAGUGAUCGAAAACAGCAGUAUUUGCUUACACUUUGUGUGUUUUUGUUUGUAUUGUAAGAACUGAUUACUUGUAAUUCUUGGCAGCAGAUGUUUGUCUUUUCGACUGCAUUUUGCAUUCUGACUGUGCCCUUUUAUAUCGAGACGCGCGUAAGCCAUAAAGUGACUCCCUUACAUACUGUAUGACGCGUGCAUCCGCCCCUUCUGUUCUCCUGAGAAGGGCGACUGCUCUUUGCCUCCAUCUCCGCUUUGUUGCGUUUUCUGACGAUUUCGCUGAAGGAAAGAAAACGAGAGUAAGAGAAUACGUUCUGUUUUCUGUUCUGUUCUGUUUGUGCGCUCUGUUGUCAAAGUGCACCAAUGAUUGCAUUUCCACACCUCGUUUAUCUGACGGCGAGGACCGUCUGGUGUUAAUGAUGUGGGGGAAACCCCACAAGUCAUCUUGACCACCGCCCGUUUGUGCCUUUGUGAAAGUACUUAAGCAGCUGCAGUCUCUUAAUCGAGAGAGAUGCGCAUGUUUGCUCUGCGUAUAUAUUUUUUAAUUGUACAGUUGUAACAAACCUUUCACUAAAACGUUGCUCAGGUGCAUAGUGUAUUGUACUUUUCUCGCCUCACGGUUCAAAUCUGAAAAUAAUGGCCAUUUUGUCUGUCUGCCUCUUCACUGUCAGUUAUCCCAAAAUGGGCGCUGACAGUGAAGAGGCCAUGACAGUCUGGGACUGGUGGUCUGGAUUUCUUAUUUAUUUUGAUCUAGGUCAGUAUUUCUGUAGAAUCCGCUGCCUAGAAGUCUGCUCUCUGCAAGCCCCUCAAUGUACAGUUUGUGGUGUGUGAGAAUGUCUGUAAUUUUGAUAUUUCUUUGUGCCUUUUCAAUGAUUUUGAUUAAUUAUUUGUUAAUAAAGUGUAUUUUGUUUUGUGAUAAA